AUGGAUUUUGAGCAACGGCGGAAGAUAAAGCAGCAGGGAAGAAUAUAUAGACCAGCGUAUGCCAAGUUGUUGCUAUCAGUAAGGUCUCUAACUGUAUGCUUGUCUUUCUUCAUAUUUCUUUUGUUCAUUUCCUCAGAUCGUUUACCUAUACGUAAGGACGGGUCGUUUCGUCCGGUUCUGAGGACAUCCACUCUAUCACUCUUCCCUGUUUUUCUAACUGGUGGUGAUGGUGAUGAUACUAUUAAAUCCCAGUAUCGAACUUUUGUAGUUGAAGGCAGGGUGUUGCUGCCUGACCACAUACUGCUAAUCGUGUCCAAUAAAUCAAUUCGCUCGACCGAUAAUUUAGAUUGUGUUUACUAUGACAAUAUGCUUGAACGAGUUAUGUUAAAGCCUGUUAUAUCUGUUGAUGAAUAUCAUCAUCAGUUUAAGUCCAUUGUGAGGUGCCACCUUCCGCCUCUAAAUUUUUCUGCUUCAGUUAAUUUGCGAGGGGGAGGGCAGCUUGGCAAUGCUGUGGUGGAAAGACGUGACUGGUUGUUGCGGCUUAAUCAGAGUGUGGUUCCUUCCUGGGACAGGGUGGUUUAUGAGGCAGUUUUGGAUUGGAAUGCUCACGCUUACACUAGUAAUGUGGUUGUGUUUGCUAAAGGAUUGAAUCUUCGGCCACACAGAGAGGCCGAUGCAACCCAAUUCAGGUGCCACUUCAGUUUGACUAAUUUUGAUCAAGGAUUGUUCGUAUUCACUACAAAAGCAAUUGCAGCUGCACAAGAAGCUGUUCGGUGUUUGUUGCCUCGUAGUAUUCUACACAAUCCAGAUAAGGCUCGGGACAUCCAAGUCACCGUUGGCCGUGUUGACGAAGGCGCAGAUGAUGCUCCUCUGCCUUCUGUCGCUAAAGUUCAAGUUAUCAACUCCCAUCAGGGCAAGAGUAGCACGGGGAAGCACGAGCUUUGUGCUUGCACCAUGCUGUGGAACCAAGCCUCUUUCCUACGGGAGUGGAUUAUCCAUCACGCGUGGCUUGGGAUCGAGCGGUGGUUCAUCUAUGAUAACUAUAGCAAUGAUGAGCUUCAAGAGGUCAUUGAUGAGCUUAAUUUGCACAACUACAAUAUCACUAAGCAUGCUUGGCCGUGGGUUAAAACACAAGAGGCAGGCUUUUCACACUGUGCUUUGAGAGCAAAACAUGAAUGCAAGUGGGUCGGAUUCUUUGAUGUUGAUGAGUUUUUCUACUUCCCGCAUGAUCGGGGACAAAAUAUGCCUGGACCAAAUUCACUACGAGCCCUGGUUAUGAAAUACACAGAUUCACCAACAAUUGCAGAGAUAAGAACAGUUUGCCACAGCUACGGGCCGUCUGGAUUGACGUCGCCUCCAUCGCAGGGUGUAACUGUAGGUUAUACUUGUCGGCUUGAGGCUCCGGAGAGACACAAAUCUCUUGUGCGCCCAGAGCUCCUUCAUACAACUCUUCUUAAUGCGGUGCAUCAUUUUAGACUACGGGAUGGAUACAAAUACCUGAAUUUGCCAGAAAGCAAGGCUGUAGUGAACCACUACAAAUACCAAGUGUGGGAUUCCUUUAAAACCAAGUUCUUUAGAAGAGUUUCGACCUAUGUCACUAACUGGCAAGAGGACCAAAAUCAGGGAUCAAAGGACAGAGCACCAGGGCUAGGGACUGUGGCCAUUGAACCUCCCAAUUGGCGGCUUCGGUUCUGCGAGGUUUGGGACACUGGCCUGAAGGAUUUCGUUAUGGCCAAUUUUGCAGAUUCUGCGUCUGGGCUCCUUCCCUGGGAGAGGUCCCUCGUGUGA